AGUGAUCCAAGUCUUUUAGCGGGAUAAUAUAUAAAUCAACUUCAAAUUUCGGAUUUCAUUUCCGACCCGAAAUCCCCAAAUUUGUCCUCCGCCGUCUUCCUCCGCUCGCCGGCGAACUCCUCCGCCGCAAUCCCCAAAUUCGUCCUCCAGCCAAAUCAAUCUUGAAAAAGCGAAAAGUAGAAGGAAAUUGAUAGAAUGAAGGAUUCAUUGGGGAAUGCAGCGAGAAAAAAGCUAGCUGAUAUUAGCAAUAUUCCGGAACAAAUGCGAAUCAAUAACCAAAAUGAGAAGUCGGAAACGAUGUCAAUUUGUUCAAAAGAGUUCGUAGACAAGGUCCAGAAGGAGAAUGCGGCGUUGGUGAAGAUCAUAACAGAAAAAAAAAAAAUCAUUGAAUUAGCUGGAGCGGAGAUACAGAAGAUGAGAAUUAACCUACAGAAAAUGCAGCAACGGAAUCAUGAACUUGCACAGUCAAAUAGUCAAAUGCUUGCGGAUUUAAAUUCAGCUAAAGAUAGGCUCAAAGCAUUACAACAUGAGCUUGGAUGUAAAAAUGGUGUACUUAGAGCGAAAGAUCUUGAAGCAGAGGAGAUAGCAAAACAAAAAAUGCGGCAGGAGUUGAACGAUGAGGUAAAACCCAUCAAGUGUGAAGAGGCGGGGGAUUCUUCUUUGGGAAAUGGCAAUAAUGAUAGACCUGCAAAAAUCAAAAGGAAGCCUCAGGCAAAGAGUUUGGGCUCUUCUACGCAAGUGCCACCCCAGGAUACGGCUGAAAAUAAAAGACCUUGUGUAAGAAGGCAGUCCGCUCGGUUUAAACAUGAAGCACCUCAACAGACAACAACAACAACAUCUUCAUCUCAGUCCCAAGCAACGAAGCCGGAUGAAGAUUAUUUCGAGGCAGAAGACAAAUGCACACCGAUGGUUAAUCUAGUCCAGCAAAAUGGUUCUGAUUUAGAAACCAAUCCUGCAUUGAUGUUUGAAUCUACAGAGUUCGGACGAUCAUCUUUGAGCAGGCCACUCAGGCAUGCAGCUAAAAAAGUGCAGUCUUACAAGGAAGUUCCGUUGAACAUAAAAAUGCGCAGACCGGUAUGAACAACCAUCGUCAUUUAUACCUACCUAUUUUCCGUAGGAGCUAUUGCUGUGCGAUAAAAUGCUUAAUGGUAUCUUUUGUUAGGCUGUGUUUGUAACUUCUGUUGAACCUUUUAUUCCGUUGCUAUAGAGGCUCGAGCUAUGCUGAAUGAUAAAAUGUUCCAAUUUUAAUCUUGCCUACUGUAAACACUGAUUAAAUACAUCUUUUAAUGUGUUUGAUUAUUGAUGAAAUUAGUUUGAGCCA